AUGAUAUGUUUGUUUUCUACCAAGCAACUGCUGGUAGCUCGUGGACAACAGCAACAGACUAGUUGUCUUCAAAGCAUAUUUGCGAAUGGGACAACGUGGGAUGAUUUGGAUUCAAGGAUUACAGGCAUCCAUUUGUACCAUCAGAGUCUCAUCGGAUCAAUACCUACCGAGAUUGGUCGACUGGGGAACUUACUGAAUCUCAACCUCAGUGGUAACGAUUUCGGCUCUUCGAGCCCAUCGCUGCCUUUUGAAAUGGGGCAACUAACACAAUUGACGCAUCUUGAUAUCAACAACUCAAAUUUGACAGGGACGAUGCCAGUAGGGAUAUUAGACCAGAUGGCAAAUUUGAAUUAUCUGAAUUUGAAAAAUAAUAACCUUCAUGGAACUUUUCCAGUCGUACCCAGCACAUUCCGAGGACAAGGCUGCAGCAGCUGUUUUCUGCAAGGCAACAAUUUUGGCAAUGUUUGGAGCGUUCUAUUCAAACAAUGCUUUGUCGAUGUUUGCAUCCGGGGAAACAGUGAGUGCAACUCUUACUGCUUCCCGAAUGACCGUCGUUCCUACUUUGAGGACGCGCUGUCUGGAUUUGACCUGAAUGCGGACGCUCUGAACGGGCUCGCAGAUGUCGACGUUUGGUAUCCAAAUCCAUAUAAUCCAAGUGUGAAACGUGAAAUACUCGAGCGGCAUGACUUGGUUCGAGCUUACCUUUCGACACGUGGAAGCUUUUGGACAGUGAAUACUCGCUGGUUGGACGGUGGUCAUAGUUGCGGUUGGUAUUUUGUGGACUGUACCAAUUAUAAGGUUUCGUCCCUUUUUUUGGCAAAUAACAAUCUCGCCAGGUCCAUUCCCACUGAAAUUGGCAGAUUCUCGAGUUUGACGGAUCUUCACCUCAGCGGCAACGAUUUCAGCUCUUCGAGCCAAUCUUUACCGACCGAGCUUGGCGACCUAACUCAAUUGACCCGUCUCAAAAUCUCCUCGUCAGAGUUGAAUGGGGAAAUACCAGGCGUCAUGGACAGGCUUUCAAAUUUGACCUACCUGAAUCUCCGUUAG